UUGAAGCUUCAAACAGCCCCCCAGAAUAUACAGACUUUUUUUACAUUUACGUAGUGAUGCUUAUUACUUUGUACGGAUAUAAAUUACCGUCGAUAUGUCUGACUGUCGCGUGCAAAAGCUGCUCUUCUCUGAGUUCUGUGACUUCGAUGACAUGGUUUUAUUGGAAAGUCCGUUUGCACAGACCACAAAAGAUGGAACAGGCAUUCGACAAGUUCAUUUAGGAUUGACCCCGUCGAAAUUGAUAUUGGCAACCGACGUUCUGCCGCCAGUAAACGAGAACAUAACAUCAUACGUGCCAGGAAUCGAUCCGGAAAUCGAAACGUUCGAACUGAUCGCCAUAUAUCCGGUGACCUGCGUGAACCUGAGCGUCUACCACAGGAAACGCAGACAAGCACUGAAAGCCCGCUUCUGCAACAACAAAGUCCUCUACUUCGAAUUGGGCGGUUUCCAGAAACGAAAGAUGUUCUGGAACCUGUGGUGCGAGAAAGUCAAGUUUCUUUCGCCCGAAGGCACGGUCUCGUCGAAGUCCGAAACGUCGGUGGCCACGUCCACCACUUGCAGCACCUUGUAUCUGGUGGACAGGAAACUGGUGAACCACAAGGGCAUGACGCAACUUUGGUGCAAGUUCGGUCCCGGCGACCGAUCAAUCGACAAAAAUCUCCUCAACGUUGUCUUUGGUAAUAACGCACAGCAGUCUUCGGCACUAGUAAAUAAAUGGACGGAUAAAUACUUGUACUUGGGAGAAAAGUUUGCCCAAAAACCCUACGAUUACAAGCCCAUAAUGUAUCCACCCGACUACAAUAAUGUUGUUAGUGAAAAACCCUGUGUCUGCAUCCCCAAGUCGAGAAACAAGUUUACAAUUAAUUCAGCUAAAACCUGUUGUGAUCCCUUGAAUGGCAUGACGGAAGGACAAAACGUUAAAAAUCAAACUGACUUUUGCUUACUUGAACUGAAACAUCCUGAAGAGGCUGGUCAGUUUUACACAGUUUUAAACUGUGCACUUUAUCUGGACAGUGUUGUUCACAUUUGGGAGCACAACAAAUAUGAUUCAAUGAGAUACAAAGUAAAGCAUAAAAGAAGAUACGCCUUUAACCCUCAGUCAGAUUUUAUGAACGGUCUAGGACAUAGAUCAGUAAAAAGUGGAGAAAAUCUGAUGUUACAACUAAAACGGGCCGCAAGUGAAAUCCAUUUAAAUCACGAGUCAGACGAAUUUGGAUUUAGUAGACAACAUUUGAUAUCUUCCCCAUCUUGCAUAGACUUGCAUUAUACGUGUGUUAAUAACAUAAACAGCAACAAAAUUAAAACACCCGAAACUAAAACCAUGAUGUUAUUUUGGACCCCCGGCUAUUGGUACAUGCCAAAACCUGCCAAGGAGUUGUAUCUGGAUGUCAGGAAACAUAUGCAAUCAGUCACUGAAUAUCUCGAACGCACGAAUAAAAGGAAAUGUAAACAAUCGAGGAGCAUAUUAAGAAAGUUAUACACUAAGGAAAACUCCAAAGACAGUGACGACGAAGUGCCAAAGCUCUGCAAAAAAUCCAUGUCCAGGCAUGCCAGACGACCCACGCAAGAUGUGGAAUCAGCAGCCAGUUGUUGCUGGCCCCGGUCAAUUCAAUUACAAGAGGAAGUCAAGCCGGAAAAGUUCUCCGACUACAUGAAGAAAAAUUUGAAGCUCGACAUGGAAUUAAGGACGUGGGACUUCACGUCAACGAUUUUGGCUCAAGAAUUGACACUGAUUGACAAGGAAUUGUUUUUAAAAAUUCCUGCGGAAGAACUGGGGAUGGUUUUGGUGAAGCGCAACACGAAAUCAUCCCCUAAUAUAUCGGCGUUGUUGGUGUUUUCCCACAGGAUAAGUUGCUUGAUAGCGCACGAGAUAUUGAAAGAAACUUUGGAAAAGUGUCGAGCUAAGCUCAUAGCCCGAUUUAUAAAUUUAGCGGACAAGUGCCAUCAAAUGUCCAAUUUCCAAUCCUGCAAGACUGUAAUGAACGGACUGCAAACUCCUUCAAUCUAUCGAUUAAAAAAUACUUGGGCUUACGUUAGGAAAAAACAUGCGACCAAAUACCAACUAUUUCAACACUUGAGUAACCUGUACAGAGACCCCAGAACGCCGAAGUACCAGAAGAUGUUUUUUAUCAUGUCCCAAAAUACAACGUUUUUACCCUACAUUGGAGACGUUUUAGCCAAGCUGUUCAACAAAAUACCAAACUACGAUUUCAGUUUGUUCAAUCAAAAAGCCAGGAGUUGUUGCAGCUGGUCACUGUGCACCCCCAGUCCAACAAUGUCAUUAAACUCACUAGGAAGCAAAAAAAUGAAGACCGUCCAAAACGGAAACGUGAUAACGAAAUUCUUAAACUCGAUACGGAUGCUGAACGUCGAGCCCCCAAAGGUGCAGACGCAGAAAUCGAAAAAGCACAGGAAAAUCAAAACGUUCAGGAAAAAAACUCGGCCGUUCAAAUGUUUGGAUGAUUUUUACAAGCCGUUGUACGUUAUUGAAGAUAACAGAGUCCAAUGUUUACACGAGGCGUUGGAGUUUUUGGAGAAGACGCAAAUCGGUGCGUUACGUUACUCUUUUACUAGUAACGAAUUGGCAAGAUGCUACUUAUUAAAAGCUAGGUAUAAAGAAGAGAAAGACAAUUUUGUUUGUUCCUUAAGUAUAGAGCCAGCAAAUCAAUUAUGUAAUAAGCAAAAAUAAACUUAUUUGUAGUCUAGGAGAA